UGUUAAAUCAUAUCCUUGGAAAAGAAACAAAAAUCAAUUCCAAUGGCUUUCUCUAAGCCAUUACUGGCUGACCUUUCGUCAUUGGGUGUCAAAAAUGUUCCGUCCAGCUACAUCCGUCCCAUCUCCGACCGUCCAAAUCUCUCUGAUGUUGAGAUGUCCGACGCCGCUAUUCCUCUGAUAGACCUUCAGGGCCUUUACGGUCCCAAUCACUCUCUUGUUAUAGCCCAGAUUGGCCGAGCUUGCCAGUUUGAUGGUUUCUUUCAGGUCAAGAACCACGGAAUACCGGAGGAUGUGAUCGAUACCAUAUUGCACACAGGGACAGAUUUCUUUAAAUUACCUGAAAGCGAGAGAUUAAAGAGUUACUCCGACGACCCUGCCAAAACCACCAGACUCUCUACCAGCUUUAAUGUCAAGACAGAAAAGUUCUCCAACUGGAGAGACUUCUUGAGGCUCCAUUGUUACCCAGUUGAGGAUUACAUCCAAGAAUGGCCUUCCAAUCCUCCAUCUUUCAGGAAGAAUGUGGCUGAAUAUUGCACGAGAGUUCGAGGGCUAGUACUGACACUGCUUGAAGCCAUAUCAGAAAGCUUAGGUUUGAAAAGCGACUACAUUGACAAGGCGUUAAGUAAGCAUGGGCAGCACAUGGCCAUAAACUAUUACCCCCCCUGCCCUCAGCCAGAGCUCACUUAUGGACUGCCCGAGCACUCUGACCCCAAUCUAAUCACCAUUCUUCUGCAAGACCAAGUGCCAGGAUUGCAGGUUCUGAGAAAUGGCAAGUGGGUUGCCGUUGAUCCCAUUCCCAAUACCUUCAUCGUCAACAUUGGUGACCAAAUGCAGGUCAUUAGCAAUAAUCGGUACAAGAGCGUUCUCCAUAGAGCAGUGGUGAACAGUGACAAGGAGAGACUAUCUAUUCCGACGUUCUACUGUCCUUCAUCUGAUGCUGUGAUAGGGCCUGCUAAGGACUUGAUAGACAAUGAUCAUCCAGCAGUUUAUAAACAUUUUACAUAUGCGGAAUACUACGAGAUAUUUUGGAACAGAGGACUUGAAAAAGAAUGCUGCUUGGACCUGUUCAAGAUUUCUUCUGCUUGAUACAAGUUCUCAUUUUAAUUUAUCUUCUUUCAAUUGGGUUGAAAUGAACUGGCCAGUUGCGAUCGUUACAAUUCCCGGUUCCUUUAAAAAAAUCCAAUAGGUACAUAAGGUAUUAUGCAGGGUGACAUACUACAUAAAAGAAAAAGAGAAAAUGAUCAAAUUGCUUUGAAAAAGAAGGGCAAAUUGAAGUCCAUCAACUCUUGUAGCAGUCUCCAAGCAUCAACUCAUUACCUCUUCAAUCAUUUUUCCUCUAUUCUUUAUAACUUUCUUUCAAAGCAAACAGUAGAACGCUUAGACUUGUAAGGCAAUGAGCAACCAGUUCCUUCACUAAUUUCUUUUUUUUCUUUUAUCUUUUUAAUUCACUUCGUAAAGAAAAUAUAGUUAAGAGUGUAGGUGGUCCUUAACUUGCUGCAACUUGGCAACCACCAUGGCCACCAAAUUGUGCCAACCGCACAAAGGCUUCCCGUUUUCUCUUUAGGUUUUCGGUACUAUAUCAAAUAGCUUCUCCUUCUCUUGCAUCUAAUCUAAGCCCUUUCUUCUCGGCGUCGACCUCCAAGAUCUCUUCAUCCGUACAAUUCCAUUUCCUUUCAACUAUAAGCCCAAAAAACUCCGUUAAUAGUGCGUUUUUCCUUAACCAUUUGUUUCUUUCUAUGGAUAUUAACUAUAGGUUGUAAUUAGAUUGUAGUAGAGUAAUUUUGAAGAUCCAUCUACUUGUGUGGAUAUUAACUAGGAAGAAAGAGGUGCUAACAACCCAUGUAAAAGGUCUCUUUGCUUUUUAAAAAAAUUAUUUCUUUAUUUUCUUGUUA